AUGGAACUCAACCGAGAACAUUUUCGCGCCAUAAUUUAUUACAACUUUCAGAGACAAGUAUCGCAACAAGAAUGCCUUGCUGAGUUACUGUCUGUUUUCAGCAACGAAGCGCCACAUCAGUCGACAAUUUCCCGUUGGUAUGGAGAAUUCAAACGUGGACGGGUGAGUCUUAGCGACGAUCCCAGGGUGGGUGCACCAAAAACGACAGUCACCCAGGAAAACGUCGAUGCUGUGCGCAAACUCAUCAUUGAAGAUAGACAUGUGACAUAUCGCGAGAUUGAGGCGUCCAAGAUGGUCGCGACAUUUGUGUCAAAAGCGGGUCAUAUUGAAACAAUUCCUCUUAAUGAACAAAGAACUGUUACUGCGGAUUGGUAUACAACCAUUUGUUUGCCAAAAGUCAUCACCGAGCUUCGAAAAGUCAACCCCGAAAGAAGAAUCAUCCUCCACCAAGACAAUGCAAGCUCGCACACAGCCCAAAAAAUAAGGCAGUAUUUAACGGAAGAUAACGUGGAAUUAUUGGACACUCCAUAUAGUCCCAACCUAAGUCCUAACGAUUUUUCUACUUUCCCGAAAAUUAAAAACAGACUGCGUGGUCAAAGGCUCCAGUCAUCAGAAGAAGCAGUUGACGCAUUCAAAAAGGCCGUUUUGGAUCUACGAGCAGAGUGGAAUGUACUUCGAAAAUUGUUAUUAUACAAAAAUGGUGCAAAAAUAAAAAACACGUUUCGCGCGCUUCGUGAACAUUUCGGACGCAACAACCGCCCAAACGAAACAACCAUCGGUCGUCUGGUGCGUAAAUUCGAGGCAACAGGUUCUGUGGCAAAUCUGCCAGGCUCUGGCCGGCCAAGGAGCGUUCGCACACCGGAAAAUAUUGCUGUUGUGAAGGAGAGUGUGAGAGACGAUCCGAAACAAUCAACAACGCGUCGAUCCCAAGAAUUGGGCAUUUCGAGAACCAGUUUGCUCCGCAUUCUCCACAAGGAUUUGACUGUACACGCCUACAAGAUCCAAUUGACGCAAGAGCUGCGUCGGGCCGACCAUAUUUCGCGCCGAACGUUCUCAGAUUGGCUCCUUGAACACCGCCAAAUUGAUGCCAAUUUUUCAUCAAAAAUCAUGUUCAGCGACGAAGCGCAUUUCACUUUGAAUGGGACGGUAAACAAGCAAAACUGCCGCAUCUGGGCGAACGAAAAUCCCCGUGAGUAUCGAGAGCAGCCGAUGCAUCCUCAAAAAGUGACUGUAUGGUGUGCAUUGUGGUCAAAAGGCAUCAUCGGACCUUACAUUUUCGAAAAUGCUGCCGGGGACGCCGUUACCGUCAAUUAUGAGCGACAUCACGUGAUGAUAGAGGACUAUUUUUUGCCGCAACUUGAAGGAAUGGAUAUGGACGAUGUUUAUUUCCAACAAGACGGUGCAACAUGCCACACAACCAACGUCAAUAUCCAUCGAUUGCAGUCCUCCUUCGGUGAUCGCGUGAUUUCGCGCAGAGGAAAUGUGCCAUGGCCACCAAUAUCGUGCGAUUUGACUCCCUUGGACUUCUUUUUAUGGGGAUAUUUGAAAAGGAAAGUCUACGUCAACAAACCAGCCACCCUCCAAGAACUCAAAAACAACAUCAUUGCCGAGAUAAAUGCCAUAGAACCGACCAUGUUGCAAAAUGUCAUUGAAAAUUUCGACCAUCGCGUGGACGUCUGUAAAUCCAGUCGUGGUGAACAUUUGAGCGAUAUUAUUUUUCAUACAUAA